UGUCUUGGUGUUCGUAGUGUGAAUUCUCAAUUUCUGGAAGCCUACCAGAAAGAAGAAAAAUGUGGGGAGACCAUCGGCAAGGCAACAGAAUGGGGUCAUAUCGUGGGAGCCAAGAAGAAAGGUUUGCUCCCGGGUGGAACAGGGAAUAUCCUCCUUCCCUUGAUAGUCUUGCUCAAGAAAGACACUCUGGCAACUUCUCUGGCAGAGAAUCACUUCCUUUUGAUAUCCAGGCACUCGCAGGCCUCCUCAAUCCUCAGUUUGCCAACAGAGAGGAACCUUCUUUCAGCUUUGGAGCUAGAGAUGGACCACGUAGUGACUACAGAGGUGGGGAGGGGCCCCGUGAUUUCAGGAGCAGAGAUUACCCACCUCCUGACUUCCAGAGCAGAGAGGAUUCGCAGUUGGAUUUCAGAGGUAGGGAGCCACCCUCGUCCGAGUUCAGGGGCAGGGAUAUGUACUCUGGAGACUACCGGGAAAGGGAAGGGCCCCCCAUGGACUUCAGGGGUGGGGAUGUCCCUUCAGUGGACUAUAGGAACAGGGAGACGUUCCGCGUGAACUACAGGGAUAGGGAAGUGCAUAACAUGGAUUACAGGGGCAGGGAUGAGCCUCCAUCAGACUUCAGGGGAAGAGGGUCUUUUGAUCUGGACUUCAGAGGCCGAGAUGGUUCUCACUCAGACUUCAGGGCCAGAGAUGUGUCCGAGUUAGACUACAGGGGCAGAGAGCCCCCUUACUCAGACUUCAGAAAUAGGGACGUACCUGAUUUGGACUUUAGGGGUGUGGGUUCCUCUGAUUUGGACUUCAGAAACAGAAACGCACCAUCAUCAGACUUCAGAAAUAGGAGCAGAUCCCGAUCCGAUCAGGAUUUUAGGAGCAGAGAUGUGCCUCCUCCUAUGGACUUUUCAGAUAGGGAAAUGCCUCCUGUGGAUCAAAACCUUGUAGACUUUAGGCGCAACCAACCCGCUCUACCUUUAGCGGAAAGAGAGGGCUCUGGUUUAAGCACCAGCAAGAGAGAGGACCCUGCGCUUUGUCUAGAUAGAGCUCCCUUUGGUAGCCAAAAAGGAGAAUUUCAACAUUCGGAGACACCAGCCAGAGAAGAGGAAUCCCUUGGAAUGGGUCUUGAAGACGACGCUUCACACAAUUUCCAAAAUAGCCGUGGGCCUCGUCCUACUCUUCAGGACCAAGAGGAGCAGCAGCCUCAGAGCUUUGCUAACAAGCAGCAGCAGCAGCUUUCUGGGGGGGAGCAGCAAAGAUCCGAUUCUGAUCUUGGGUUAAAGGGCGAAGGUGACCUCGAUUUCCUUGGAAGGCAAGACACGGACUACCGAAACAUCGAGUAUCGCGAUGUGGAUCACCGGCUGCCGGGACAGCAGAUGUUUGAUUAUGAACAUGGCAAGUCCUUCUCAGAAGGAAAACCCAGCAAAGAUUCUAGGCUCUGUAAGAGCCUUCAGGACCAAGAUUACCGGACCUGCCCCAAGUACGUGAAGCCAAGCAAGCUCAUUCGGCUCGGAGGAGUGCCUGAGACUGCCACAAAGGAUGAUAUUCUCAAUGCUUUCCGUGGGCCUGAUGGGACGCCUGUGAAAGACUUGCGACUCAAAGAUUACAGUUCAGGUUACGACUAUGGCUAUGUCUGCGUGGAGUUUUCACUCUUGGAAGAGGCCAUCGGAUGCAUGGAAGCCAACCAGGGAACCCUCUCGAUUGGCGGCAAGGAGGUGACCCUGGAGUACACGCCGUGCCCGGAGUUCUGGCGCUGCAAGCGUUGCAAGGUGUGUACCGUGGGCUACCGCUCCUCCUGCUCCUACUGCAAGCUGCCGAGAGACGGGAGCAGAGCAGGCCCCGAGUCCAGAGGUGGCCCUGAGGGAGAGGACACGCUGGCUGAGCAGGAAUUCACAGAGACAAAGCUUGAAAAACCUGAGCAAGAGCUGUCAGGACAGCCAGAAUCUCCCAAGCAGCCUCUCCAGCCCACAGCUCCCGCUCCACAGCCGGAGUGCCAGCCUCAGGAACAGGAGCCCAGGAAGAGAGAUGAAGGGAGAGAGCGGCGGCCCUUGCAGGAGAAGAGACGGGACGUGGACCGGCACCAGGACCUGCCUGCCCAGAGAGAAGCAGAGGAAACGACGCCGCAGGACGGCGGAGGAAGCCGAACAAUCAUGCUGAAGCGGAUCACGCGCUUCACGCCGCCCGAGGUGAUCGUGGGGCUGCUGGCGCCCUACGUGCGGCUCUCCACGUCCAGCGUGCGCAUCAUGAAGAACAAGGCCGGCCGCAUGGGGCAGACCUACGGCUUCAUCGAGCUGGAGUCGCACGCUGAAGCGCUGAGGUUGCUAAAGAUCCUGCAGAACCUGGAUCCCCCAAUCUGCAUCGACGGGCGCACGGUGGAAGUGAACCUUGCUACAGGCAGGAGACGGAACGACUAUGGGGAUCACGGUGACAAUUCCUACUACGGCCCGGGCAGAAGAGGCAUGAGGGACAGGAGAGGCGGCGAAUCGCAGAGAUGCACCAGAGCACAGUCUCCAUCAGAUGUGUCCACAUACAUUUAUGAUCCUGAAACUGGGAAUUACUAUGAUCCCAUAGCUGGGACGUACUAUGACCCCAGGACUCAGAGAGAUGUGGUGAUAGACCGAGACGCCUGCUCGUCACCUACGGAGAGCCGGAGGCGGCGGCAUGGGAGCCAGGAGAGGACGAAUGAAAGGAAGGAGCCGCACGGCAGGGACAACAGGGACAGGAAGGAGAAAGGGAAACAUACUUCUGCUAAGAAUGAGCCAAGAGAGGAGAGGUUCUUUGCAGAAGAUGUCUUUAAAAAGCCCUUACCUCCCUCUAUGAAAAAGGACGAGAGUGCAAGCCUGAAUGAGCCUGGAGAGGAGAAGUUCUCUGCAGAAGAUGUCUUCAAAAAGCCCUUACCUCCCUCCGUGAAAAAGGACGAGAGUGCCGCCCCGCCCAAGGCGCUGAACCCUCUCAUAGGCCUUCUGGGCGAGUAUGGAGGCGACAGUGACAAUGAGGAGGAGGAGGAAGAGGAGGAGCAGGAGCAGUGGCUGGGGACGGCGCCGCGCGAGGAGCCGCCGAGGCCGGCCAAGGCGGGCGACGACAAGCUGACCGACUGGAACAAGCUGGCCUGCCUGCUCUGCAGGAGGCAGUUUCCCAACAAGGAGGUGCUCCUCAAGCACCAGCAGCUCUCCAACCUCCACAAGCAAAACCUGGAGAUCCACAUGAAGAUCAAACGGUCUGAGCAGGAACUGGCCUAUUUGGAGAAGAGAGAGCGUGAGGGGAGAUACAAAGACAAGGGAAAUGACCGGAGAGAGAAAUACCAGCAGAUGGAUUCCCCGGAGAGGAAGCGAUUCCGACACGACCGGGACUCCGAGAGUGACUACGACCCAAGGGUUGAUGGUGACAGCAAAGGAAACCGAAUGUUGCAGUCCCCCGGCUGGAAGAAAGGCCUGGGCUACAACCAGCAGGGCACGGCCUCGCCGGCAGAGGUGGAAAACCAGAAGGGAGUUGGCUUCGGAGCCCAAGGGAAGGCCGGCAAGAGGCAGUCCAACGAAACAUACCGUGACGCCGUCCGGAGGGUCAUGUUUGCCCGCUACAAGGAGCUUGAGUGAACGGCGGAGGCUGCGCCAGGCCUGUCCCUCUCCAUCUCUGUCUCUCUCUCUCUCUCUGUGUCAUGUUUUCUUGGGGGUUGGG